AUGGUGCUGACUAAGUCUCAAAUUGCGGCGGAGAAGGGGACUCAGGUGGCCGAGAGAGCCACCAAGGCGGGCGACAGCGGGCUCGACGGGGUGGUAGAGGACGAAACUGAGCUCGAGACGGUGAAGGUGGUGGUGCAUGAGCACUCAGGAGCGCUGGCUCGGCUCGAAGAAAGCCUGACAAGAGUGCAAGCUGACGCGAAGGCGGAUGCGGAAGACCUUCGCUAG